AUGUACACUGUACAAGUGGUCCAAAAUGCUACAGGCAAGCUAAAUGGGAAAGACCGUUGUGUGUGUGAAGUACUUCUACCUGAUAGCUCCUUCCCAGCCAAGAGGGUGGGUGCGCUGGAGGAUGAGACGCUACGUUUGACUAACCGCGUGGAGGAUGAAAUGCAGAAGCUUGAAGAGCAGGACAUUAGACUGGACAACUAUUUGGAAAAGCUGAUUAAUCUAACCAAGAGAUUGGAACAUCUGGAGAAGUUGCGCCCUGAAGGUCUUAUAGAAAUAAACUUUGAUGUUCUAAAAGAGGAAAUAAAGGAACUGGAGAUUGUCAUCAUCACACUCAAGAGAAAGAUGAAUGGGACCAAUCCUCACGUGGAAAGUCUGUACACUGAGGUGAAGAAUAUCUCUAAGACUGUUGGACAGCUGGAGACCUUUGACAAGAACCAGGUUCUAAAAGCCAAAAGGGACAUGGAGGAGCUGAAGAAACGUCUUGCGGAUUGUGAGAAAAAUAUGAAGAUGCAAGCUCCUGCUACAGUACCACUAGGAUCUUGCCAGCACCAUGGCUUAGCCCGUAUUAGCAAACCCAACCUUCUGCAGCUCAACUGGAAGGGAGUUGGGUUUAAGUAUGGAGCAUGGGGUAAGGAUGCAGCAUGGAACACUACUAAGAAAUCAUUGUAUUGGGUUGCUCCUUUAAAUAGUGAUGGGCGAGUUCUAGAGUCCAUACGCAUUUACCCAUCAAUGCUCGACUUACAAUUGUACAGGAACUCCGUGGACCUGCCUCUCUCCGUGCUCAUCAAGAACAAAUGGAAUCACACCUUUGCUGGCCAAGGUUCUGGAGAGGUUGUCUACAACAACAAUUUGUACUACAACUGCUAUAAUAGUCAUGAUAUGUGCAGAGUUAGUUUGAGCAGUGGAGUCUACCAGAGAAAGGCUCUCACCAUUGCUGUACACAACAAUCGUUAUUCCUAUGCUGGUGUUCCCUAUCAAGACUUUGACUUUGCCUCUGAUGAGAAGGGUCUGUGGCUUUUAUACUCCACGGAGGAAAGUGCUGGCAACCUUGUGGUGGGUAAAGUCAAUGUUGCCACCAUGUCCGUGGAUAUCAGCUGGACCACUACACAGUACAAACCCAGUUUGACCAAUGCAUUCAUGAUAUGUGGAGUUCUCUAUGCCACCCGUUCUGUAAGCACGAAGAUGGAGGAGAUAUUCUACAUGUUUGACACCAAGACAGGGAAAGAGGGUCGAUUAAGCAUCAUGAUUGAAAAGUUGAAUGAGAAGGUGCAAAGUCUGAGUUAUAACGCAAAUGAGCGCAAACUGUACAUGUAUAAUGAAGGUUAUCUGGUGCAUUAUGAUGUUAUCUUGAAGCCUUGAGCGGUCUAGUCUGUCUAAAUAGUCUUCUUAUAGGGCUCUUAGUUUAUUUUCUGUUUUCUGCCCAUUAUUGAUGAAUGUUCCUGUAUCAUGAUCAAUGUUCUUGAUUAACAAAUCCGUGAAGAUCUAUCAUGACUUUGAAACAUGCUUUCUUGUUACAUAGACAUUGCACUGUAUUGUCAUCCACGAGCUUCCAUCAAAAUGAUGGGUUUUAGUGAAAUAGGUAACUAAGUUCUAUAUAAAUCCAAAUAAACAUAUGAGAAAUGUAUGCUGUCACUAUAUUGAUAUUUGCAUUGCAAAUUCACAAGCUGAGUUUAAAUUAUCUUCUGUUUCCUAAGCACACUAUAAGCAUUAUCACAUAAUAUUAAUCUUUAACCUUUUUAUAGCCAUUACUUGAUUUCCCAUGCCAUCUGUAGGCUGUUUCCAUGGAAUAUUUUGUCUUUGUCCUAUCUUGCUUUACUGCUCCAGUGUCAGCGUAGCUGGAGUGCCGGGACGAACAAGCAUAUAAAUCAGUAGCAUUGAUGUUUCUUGAAAUGCAAAUGAUUUAAAAGUGAAAUUUAAAUCACAAACUCUGGAUUUACUGGUAAUUGCGAGUGAAAAAUAA